UUGGUAGUGAUUUACCGUCGUAUAAGAAGAUGAUCGUCACUGCAUACUGAUUGGGAAUAGUUGGCAACCCCUAAAUUAUAAAAAUGGAGAUCGCUUUUGGCUCUGUUCAUUCCCUUCCUAGAAUUCUUCGCGUGGCUCAUCAUCUGGCACAAAUGUAUCAUCGGGUACAAACUGGAUUCGCGCCAAAAUAGUGCAGACGAAAAGCCAAAUCAUAGUUUUUAUUAAACAACUGUAAUUUGCUGUAAUCAAAACAGGCUUAUUUUAUCAUUUCCUCGUGCUUUGCUCUAGCUAGAGCAAGACUUUGUCAUUGUCACCAUCUUUUGUCCAAAGCAUUUGUUUUGAUUUUCAGAAUCUAACCAGGAAAUCACAUCAAACGACAUAGAUUUCAAUCCAGGCAGAGACAAGCGGCGUGAUCAGAUUGUCAAUGUAGAAGUUAACCCUCCUUAGUCAUCUACAUCUGUAUAUAAAUAUCCAUGGUUUCUCUCAGCUUCAUCUGCAGAGCUUCUGAACCACCCUUAUGGAGGACCACAUAAGCAGAGUGUUAACGAAGAUGGAUAGUGAGGAAGAGAAGCUUCGGUAUCUCGGGUUCCUUGGCAUCUUCAAGGAAUCCUUCAAGAUCAUCUUCUCAUGGAAGAAGAUCUUCACUCAACUCACGCUUGCUUUUAUCCUCCCUCUCGCUGUCAUCUUCUUAAUUCAGAUCCCAGUUUCUGAGAACCUGGAAGCAAGAAUGCGAUUUGUACGAUACAGGCUCUAUCACUAUCGGGACAAUGAACGCGCGGACGAAUUCCUGUCAUCCGAGCGUAUAGAAUAUUGGCUCAUCAAAAUAGCAUACCUGGUGUUCCUCCUGGCGCUUUCCCUUCUCGCUACUUCCGCGGUCGUGUACACUGUGGCCUGCAAUUACACGGGAAAGCCCAUCACCUUCAAAAAGGUCAUGUCCGUGGUCCCAAAGGUGUGGAAGCGCGUCGCCGUCACAUUCGUAUGGAGUUUCUUGUUCCACUUGGCCUUCAGCCUAUGCGUCCUGGGGACUUUCGUCAUGUGGGCGAUUCUGAUCGGGAGCUCACCGUUCGGGCUAGCCAUUGGGGUCAUCAUCUUGAUCCUGUUCUUCGUUGGGUUCGUGUACCUGAGCAUCGUCUGCCAGCUGGCGAGCGUGGUCUCCGUCCUGGAGGAGGAGAACUACGGGAUCAAGGCAAUGGUCAAGAGCAAGAGUCUGAUUGAGGGCAAGCGACGGGUCACGGGUUUCAUCUUCCUGCUGCUGAUCUUGCUCAAUAAUGGUAUCGUGAUAGUGUACCGGAUGUUUGUAUGGGCCUUCUUAUUCAUGCUCAUCGUCGGCGCCCCCUGCCUUUUCGUGCUGACCUUCCUGUUUCUGUUCGGCCUCGUGAUCCAAACAAUAAUCUACUUUGUCUGCAAGUCAUAUCACUGUGAGAGCAUCGACAAGCCGGCCUUGGCCAACCAUCUAGAAGCUUACUUUCAGCCUGAGCCGCAGAAGCAGGACGCCAAUGAUGUCCAGCUAGAGCAAGUUCACGUCCCCACCAAGGACGCCCGGUUAGGUCAAGUUUAUGUCUGAAUUUCAAAUCAGAACUCUGUAGUAGCUGAAUAAGAGCCGAACCGACAAAACAUAUAUGGUCCUUAGCUUUAAGUUUGCGAGCGUACGUACGAGUGUCGUAUAAGUACGUUUGAUCUGGAGACAUGUGUAUUUCUUGAUGGGCCGGACACGGAAGAAAGUGAAAGAUAUUCCCAAGUGAAAUGUGCUUGUAUGAACAAUCAAUACUAAUAAAAGACACAAUUACUUCCCA